AUGAAGCACGAGGCUGAGGCUGAAGCUAUGGUUCUCCCUCUCGAAUUGGUGGAGAAAAUCCUAGUAUGGUUGCCGGUAAAAUCCCUAAUUCGGUUCAGGUGCGUCUCUAAACAAUGGCUUUCUUUGAUUUCCGAUUCACGUUUUGCAAUAUUGCAUUACGAUACUGCUGAUGCCGCACCCACCAAUAAGAACACUAGGCUUUUGUACUUGUCGAGUGAGGUUCCCGAGGCUCGUUGUGUAGAUCUGGAAGCUUCGAUUCACGGCGAUUACGCCCUUCAGCUUCCUCUUAGUUGUCGUCAUUUCUGCCUUAGUAUUCUAGGUUCAUGUAGGGGCUUCAUACUGUUGCGCAUUCAUGUUCACGGCGCUCCACUCCUUCUGUGGAACCCUGUAACGGGUUCUCACAGAUCAGUGCCGUACCCUGUUGCUGACCCUGAUGUUCCUUGUUGGGGUGGUCUUGGCUAUGAUGAAUCUUGUGAUGAUUAUUUAGUAGUAGUAGGAUGGGGUGGUAUCGGACAUAAAUGGAAACCUCAGUGGGAAUAUUUUUCUGUUAGAACCAAUUUCUGGAAAGAAAUUGAGUGUGGUCAUCUUCCUCCCCAUUUGGUUACCGUUGAUUGUGCACUGUUUUGUAACGGGGUUCUUUAUUGGUUAGCCGUUAAAGAUAUGGAAGUGAAUUUUGUGAUUGUUGCCUUCGACUUAGCCGGAAAGCAUCUAUCAAUGGUGUCAUUUCCAACGUCAGGCGGUUCCCGUCGGCUGUUAAAGCUGUUUGCUGGAUGCCUUGGGAUAUCUUACUUGAACUUCACGGAAGACCAGAAGACUGAGAUCUGGGUAAUGAAGGAGUUAUCUUGGACUAGGCUCAAUGUUGUGCUUCCUUAUGCUCACGUAAUCCACCCUUUGUGUUUCACUAAAGGUGAACUUGUUGGCACCAAAAACAAUGAGUUGGUCAAAGUCAGCGAUAAAGGUGUAUCGGUGAAGUCUCUAAGAAUUAGUUGUCGUGAUCGUGAUAAUGACUCGAAGAUGGUAAUGUUUACUGAGAGUUUACUGUCACUUCCGGACGAGUUUGGCGGCACUGGGGAAGAACAAAGAAAGUAG